AUGACUUUAGGUGUUCGCUUUUCACAAUCCCAUUUCUCCUGGCGCCGCAGAGACUGUUUCCUUACCAGUUCACUUUUCCCACUUUUAUCUUUUUCACGUGUCUACCGAGUGGAUCAAGGUAACACUUUGUGCCUCGGCGCUCGUAAUUCUUCCGCAACGAUUCAUUUAUGUGUAUCUGUGUUCAAAGCCCUCAUCAGUUCUGAUCUGACCCACCAUUACGUGUCAUCUCAUGUUUGGUUUACCCAAAAGAGCAUCAUUCUUCGACGUUCCGAUGCCACUUUAUCUUUUUCCUUGCAUUCAACCAACUCUUCUCCCCGACUUUGCCAAUUACAGGGCUUCUUCCGACGCAGCAUUCAGAAGCAGAUAGAAUACAAGUGCCUGCGUGAGGGCAAAUGUCUCGUAAUCCGGCUCAACCGGAACAGGUGCCAGUUCUGCCGGUUCAAAAAGUGCUUGGCCGUUGGUAUGUCCAAAGAUAGCGUCAGAUAUGGUCGAAUGCCGCGGCGCUCGCGCAGCUCGGACCCGGGAGCCGUGGUUGCUCCUCCAGGCGUGUCACCCGUUGCGCCCGUCAACUGCAUGGCGACGCCGACACCGGGCGCAACGGCUGCAGCGGGUGCUACCGCAGCGGCGGCGGCUGCUGGUACCGGUACCGGUGGUAGCGGUGGAGGAGGCAGCAUAACCAGCACUUCCUCGGGCGACAUGCCAGAUUCCAGCCUUGGCCAUCUGGGCCAAACGAAUCCCAGCGCGACUGCCCAUCCGAUUUCAGGUGGUCUAGACGCCGGUCUCGGCAUUGCCGCCACGGGGGUGGGAAUGUUCGUACCUUUGAGUAAUGGCGUCUGCUCACAGCCUCCCUCAGACCCGCUCGGCCUCUACGAAACCAUUUUGACCCUGCAUCAGGCAAACCAGAAUUUCUCGCCUUAUACUGAGGAGAAGGUGAAAAUGAUGCGUCGCAGUCAUGUGACUCUGGUAAGUGGCGCUAACUUUGUAGAAAUCUGUCCUUACUCCGCACCGCCAUUUUUCAACGGCAAUAGUGGGAGCCAUACCGUUUAA